CCAAUCAGAAGUUCACAAUCCCGGGACAUUUGAGUUCUGUGUAGCUCGUCCGCAUACUGUACCGCUCAACAUUUUUAGGCAAUCUUGAGUUAGGACAACUAUUACACAUUAUAGAGGGAGUUUUUAGUUACCAAAUUGACGGGUUGGGCCUACCCACUGCCCACCAGCUUCCAUCAUGCCUCUGGUGACGAGGAAUAUAGAGCCGCGACAUGUGUGUCGCCAAAACAUCCCUAACACCAUUCGAAGUGAGCUGGAAUGUGUCACCAAUAUCAGCCUGGCAAACAUCAUCCGUCAGCUCGGCAGCCUGAGUAAGUUUGCAGAGGAUGUGUUUGGGGAGCUGUUUGUCCAGGCUGGAGAAUUUGCCAUCAGGGUAAAUACACUGGGAGAACGUGUGGAUCGUCUGCAGGUGAAAGUCACCCAACUGGACCCCAAAGAGGAGGAAGUGUCUCUGCAGGCAAUCACAACCCGUAAGGCCUUCCGCAGUAGUGUGACUCAAGACCAGCAGUUGUUCACCAGGCCGUCGCUGCCAAUUCCUGUUCAGGACACCUACAAGACCUGUGAUCCACCUCCACCACUCGACCAGCUCAGCCAGUACCGGGAAGAUGAAAGGGAGGCUCUGAAGUUCUACACUGACCCGUCCUACUUCUUUGAUCUGUGGAAGGAGAAGAUGCUCCAGGACACCAAGGACAUCAUGAAAGAGAAACGCAAGCACAGAAAGGAGAAGAAGGACAACGUGAAUCCACGGACGCUCAAUCCUCGAAAGAUCAAGACCAGGAAGGAGGAAUGGGAACGCCGCAAGAUGGGGGAGGAGUUUGUGGUGCCAAAGAAUGAACUGAGUUCUGCAGAGGGUAUAAAUGGCAGUAUUCUAUCUGGUGACAUCAACGGUGAUCCCCUCGAGCUGAGCACAAACUCCUACUCCUACGAUCCCAGCUCCCCUCUGCCUGCCUCCGGCCAGGAUGACUUUCUGCCUCCUCCACCUCCAGAUGUGGUGUAUAACGGGGGACAACUUGGAACACCGAACCAAAAGCGAGCCAGCGUACUUAGUCCAGCUCACCCACCUCCUGCUCCCCCCAUCGCUUCACCCCUGCCCAACUCCCGCCCCAACCUCUCCCCUCCCCCCGCACCUCCUCCACCUCCCCCAGCACCUGGAUUUGGGAUUCCCCCACCUCCACCUGGCUUCGAAACCCCACCUCCCCCUCCUCCUCUCUCCUCCUCUCCCACUGCCUAUCCCUCCCCACCUGCUCCCCCUCCUCCACCAACUACGUCUAAUAUUUGCCCUCCACCGCCACCGCCUAUGCCUGCAGGUGGUGGUCCACCACCUCCUCCACCUCCACCACCUCCCCCUGGUCCUCCUCCUCCAUCCUUUAAUAGCUCCGCUCCUCCUCCUCCUCCUCCCUCUGGUGGUGGAGCGGCUCCCAGUUCUGCUCCCAAACCUCAGCCAGCACCAGAACCAGCGGGUGAUGCUCGCAGUGACCUGCUGCAAGCCAUCCGUCAAGGCUUCAACCUGCGGAAGGUGGAGGCACAACGGGAGCAGGAGAAGAGGGACACCUCUGGCAACGACGUUGCCGCCAUCCUGUCCCGUCGUAUCGCCGUAGAGUGCAGCGACAGCGAGGACGACUCUUCAGAGUUUGACGAUGACGAGUGGUCCGAAUGAUCAUCAUCCCCUUUCACCUCGACUCCCAGCCUCGUAUCUUUCCUUAGGCUUAAACUGCGUCACAGUAUUUUCAUGUGUAGCUGGAGAUGUGUAUCUGUGUGUAAGACAGAAUUUUUGCGUUACUAAUCACAUUCCUUGACCUCUAUGUGUGUAUUUAUCCAAAAAGACUCAGACCAGAUGUUCUUUAGUCCCAGUGAUGAGACUAUAUGUUCCUGGCUGUGUCCCAGUGUGCCCGUCCUUCCACUGGAUUGAUUGAGUUUUCUGUUUUUGAUGUGAGUGUCGCACGGUGUGUGCGGCACGUCUCUGCCGUGUGUGUGCGUCAACAGAUCACCUUGUUAGUGGCUGAUAGAAUCAGAGGCCUUUCACUGCAGGCCAUGUUGCCUGAUUUUGUCUGUUUGUAUUUUAGCAAUGGAUAAUUUAGAGGGAACAAACGCUCACUUACAAGCAACCUUAUUUCAUUCUUUGUGUUUGUAUGUACUUAGUCGAAAGACACAAGGCAUCAGUGCCAAAAUAUUUCCUCAUUUAUAGAUUAUACUAUUGAUAAUUUUAUAUUACGUGUGAGAUCAUAUUAACUAAUGAGAAUCAUUGCGGUCCCUUUACAUAUUUUUAAAGCAGUUUUCCACACUUUUCUCUCACUUUUUUCUGUGGUUGUCAUGGGAACAGUUUGACUUGUGAAUGAGACAUAGUUGUAAACAAAUUUAUGGAUCAAAUAUUCAGCGUGACGGGGGAGUAUCGGCUCAUGGCGGACACCUGCUGUGUUUGAGGAAAUCACAAUAUGCAGGCAUUCAGCACAACUAUCAUGAUUCACUUUGAACUGUAGUGUGGCUCUGCUCUGCUUUUUGUUCUUUCCUUUUCUGGGGAUGAAUUGGGCUCUGACACUUUCUUCACUGGGCUUUUUGUAGAAUAGGAUAUUUCCUUAUCAUACAGCCUGAUAAGUGCCUUCACAUUGGUGCCAGUGCAGUUUUGUUUUGUUUACAACUGAUCAAAAAUAUUAACAGCUGCUGUUGAUGAGUCAUUGUCAGAGCUUGCUAUUCUUCAGUGGACCACAUUCAAGUGCCUUUAUUUCAGGUCUGCCUUGUAUUGAAGUACAAUCACACAGCAUGUUUAGCCAAAGAUCUGCUUCUCCUGCCUUAAAUUCCCAAAUGAUUAUAGAUAAUUCAAUAAAGAGUGCAAUUACA